GCCUUCGGCAGCGGGAGCGCCGGGCCCCGGGGGCCGGCCCGCGAGGAGAGUUCCGCAGCCCGCCCCGGCGCCCGCCCCUCGCCGCCCGCGGCUCCUCCUCGCUUCGCCAUGGUGGAGCGAGGCGACGCGGCGCCGCUGCUGCGCUGGGCCGAGGGCCCCGCCGUCUCCCCGCCGCAGGCCCCGGAGCUGCAGGCUGGAGGCCGGGGCUGGGGCGGCGGCGGGGGCGGCCGGGUGGCCGCGGAGCCGCGGAGGCGGCGGGAGGCCGAGGAGCUGGGUGCCUCGGAGGUGCUGCUGGAGCCCGGGCGCCUGGAGCUGGGCGACGUGGAGGAGGACCAGGUGGUGGCCGUGUUCGUGGUCACCUUCGAUCCCCGCUCGGGAAACAUGGUGGAAUGGUGUUUACCUCAAGAUAUUGACCUUGAAGGCGUCGAGUUCAAGUCUAUGGCCAGUGGGUCCCAUAAAAUCCAGUCCGAUUUCAUCUAUUUCCGGAAGGGGCCCUUCUUCGGCCUGGCCUGCUUCGCCAACAUGCCCGUGGAGAGCGAGCUGGAGCGUGGAGCACGCAUGAAGUCUGUGGGCAUCCUGUCUCCAUCCUACACGCUGCUCUACCGGUACAUGCACUUCCUGGAGAACCAGGUUCGACACCAGCUGGAGACGCCGGGACAUUACUCCCAUCUGGCUGCCUUCUACGAAGACAAGAAGGGGGUGCUCCACGCUGGCCCCGGGGGAGGUGGCAGCCUGCCCCCCGUCUACUGGCUGCCAUCCAUCCACCGGUACAUGUACCCUGAGAUGAAGAUCACACACCCGGCCGGCUGCAUGUCUCAGUUCAUCAAGUUCUUCGGGGAGCAGAUCCUCAUCCUCUGGAAGUUUGCCUUACUUCGGAAGCGCAUUUUGAUAUUUUCUCCGCCUCCUGUGGGCGUCGUGUGCUACAGAGUGUACUGCUGCUGCUGCCUGGCCAACGUCUCGCUGCCCGGCAUCGGGGGCACCAUCCCCGAGUCCAAGCCUUUCUUCUACGUGAACGUGGCCGACAUCGAGAGCCUGGAGGUGGAGGUGUCCUACGUGGCCUGCACCACAGAGAAGAUUUUCGAGGAGAAGCGAGACCUGUACGACGUCUACGUGGACAACCAGAACGUGAAGACGCACCACGACCACCUGCAGCCCCUGCUGAAGAUCAACAGUGCUGACCGGGAGAAGUACCGGAGGCUCAACGAGCAGAGGCAGACGCUGCUGUACUCCCAGGAGGUGGAGGAGGACUACAGCCCAUGUGAGGAGGACCUCUUCGUGCUGUUUUUCCUGGAGCAGAACAACCGGAUAUUCCAGACUUUGCUGGAGGUGUCCGCCAGUCAGGACAAAACGCUGACCGCCGAGCACGCCCGGGGCAUGGGCCUGGACCCCCAGGGGGACCGCAGCUUCCUCAUGGACCUGCUGGAGGCCUACGGCAUCGACGUCAUGCUGGUCAUCGACAACCCCUGCUGCCCGUAGGAGGGGCGGGCCGGACCGGUGAGCCGCUCUCACGCGGGACUGCAGCCCAGGCCCGGACGGCUCGUUUUUUAUUAAGUGGACACAAAGGAAUCUUGUUUAUACUUCCCGUCAGAUGUACUUUUGGCAGUCUCUGUUCUUCCCGAGCUCUGGAGAGGCAGGAUGAGAGGGGGCUGCGGGGGUUUCGUGUCCUGCUUCAUACGGCGUGGGAAUCGACCAUGUCCCACGGAGUCUGCCUGGCUGGGUCUCCAGCGUUCUCACCUCCCUGUGAGUGACCUGAGAUGUGGCAAAGGCCCUGUGUCACGAGGAGCGGCCGAGCUCUGCAGACACCGGGGUGGGCCGUUCAGGAAGCCUGUGCGGUCUGCGUCCCCUGACGUAUUCAAGAACGGGACCGCUGUCUUCCCAGAGUGGCCUUGGAUGCCCAUCCCUGCGAUGGUGGGAGCUAGACCGUGACCUUCCAAGGUUUUCGUCAGCUCUGGGAGUCCCGCCCUGGGAUCAGAUCCAUUUUCCUGUUUUACCGGGACAAGUCUGUGUCUUGUGGGGAGAGGCCCCAAAGUGGGACGAUGAGCUGUUUCUGACCCAAGUACGAGCUUCCCCAAGGACAGGGUGACGGGGAGAGGCUGCUUCUCAGUCAGCCGACGACUGGCAUUGUCGCACGAAGCCUUGAGACUUGCCUCAAAGUUGCUGGCGGCCACUCAGUGGAAUAUCCCUCUUUCUCAGAGUCCCCACCUGCUGGGAAGGGUUGGCAGGUUGCUAAGGGCCAGAGCUGGCCCUGGAGCUUCUGAGCAAAUUCAUUUUCCAGAUGAGUCUCCUUUAAGGGCUAACCAUCCUCUCGGAAUCCUUUGGGUGUUUCUAAAGAGUGGCAUCCGCUGCCACCAAAGAGAGAGGAAUUGGGGUGCAGGGUAGAGAGAUGUCUCUCCACCCGGACGAGCCCUUGGGAGGCGUUACUAGUAGGGCCUCGGGACAAGAGUCCAGUCACUGGACGCUGUAAUUUAGCAAGGCGCUCCGAGCAGCACGUUGACGAGACCGUGCGUCAGCUUGGUGCCCGCACAGACUUCUCGCUGGCAGAGAGAACGUUCCCUGAGCUAAGUAAUUGGGCCAGAGACCUAGUAGAUUUGCCAGAGAGCAACUGUGACAGUGCCUUCACCCAGGAAGUGGUCGGGACCCCCCCCCCCCCAACAACAGGGACGAGUGUCCACUUCCCUCUAAAAGGUGGUGGCCCGGCCACCUCCCCGCAGGCCCUGCCUGUUCCCUUCGGCUGGGCGCUCGCUGGAGGUCAGCGUAGGUGAGGCAGUGCACGGGAAGCCGGCUCCUGUGAGUGGAGUCUUGGGGCUGUAACUUGGGAUUUGGACUCAGGGCGCUAGGUUGUGGGUAAAAGAUAACGCCUUCCCCUGCCCUGCCCGCCCAGCAGUCCCCGGAGCAGCCCUCAUCCUGUGUCUGUACGCACGCUCCCGCCGGGCUGGUGGGCACCGCAGACGGAUAACUUUCAAACAGGCCGGUCAGGUGUCUGGUCUCAAGACUAGCUUUUCAGGGCUAAUUGUUUUACUCAGAAAUACUUUCGCUGUAGCUCCGUAACGCAGAACUCGGGACUACAGAAGUUCACGUGUGGAACUGCAGAGAGACAUGGAUUCGCUACGUCUGGGCACUGAAGUGUACGGUGCACCGCCCAUCCUUUUCUGUCCCCUACAGGGUGGGCGUAGCGUCCUGUCAGUAACACACUAAAAAAGAUCUGUGCGUCAAGGCCAAGGCUUCACUGAGCUUUGCCUUAAGAAGGAAGCUUCUCUUGCCUCUCAGAGCGGCCUUACUAAGGGGCCGCGUCCGGCUGCUGUUCGAGGAGUCCGAGAGGUUCAAGGUUUCUGAUGUGCCUGGGGAUGGGUGGUCAGAGCAGGGUAGUGGGGGAAGGCUGGGUCAGGCUCUCUCGGAGGACGCAGGCCGACCCUCUUGCUGUGGAAUCGGGGAAUCUGGUGGAAGAACUCUCUUUUUAAGCGCUUCUGCGGUCUGUGUGUGGGCGCUUUGCUUCUAUGGUUUUGUGACUCCAAGCUCGGAAGUGCUGUGGUCCAGGCAGUGGGGUGAAAACGGGCUUCCUGUGGUUCCCUUGGAAUCGUGGGCUCCUCAAUCCCACACUGUUGUAGGCAGGUGUAUGUCUGGCAUGUCCGUGUGUCCACCCUCACACAUGUGCAGAGGGCCGGGGUCUGGGUGCCCUGGUGGGGAACGCACCCCCAAAGCAGAACACAUGUGCCCCCACCCUGUGCUCCGUCCCUGCACUGGGGCUUCCUCUCAAGGCCAGGAAUCCAGGGCUGUGCCCUCUCUACCUGGCUGCCCAGACUGCUCGCUGGCUCUGAGGUGACCUUUGUCCAGGUUUGUCGACCCCCGAGUACUUCUCGCCUUGACUGAGUUACGGAGGUCACCUUUGAAGGCUGCCUUUGUCCCUGAUGCUGCUGUCCCCCUGCCUCUCCCCGGUGCCUCAGGUGGGCAGCCCAGCCCAGCCUCGUUGGCCACCAGUCUUCUAGAAGGGGAAGAAGUGUGCCAGGUGCCAGGCAGGAGUCCCUGCGCAGUGACAGCAGAAGCCGGCAGCCACGUGGAUGUGGUUUCCGGUCACUGUUGAAAUACUUCCUGAGAAACCAUCCACUGUGGUUUGGGAGGUGCCGGUGAGCAUCCUUUGAGAUCUUGCCUUCUCGUCUGUAAGCUCCGCAGGGCCAGGGAUGAUGACUUGUGAGCACUGCCCUUCUGGAAGGGGUUGGAAACCUCCCGCGGGGUGUGGUCCCUUGACUGAGGGGCGUUGCUGGAGCACACCCCCCAGCUGCUGGGCGCCCCUGGGGCAUUUCAGCCUGCUCUAGUGCCCGGCCGGGGCUGUGUGCCCACCUGGGAACACUGCCCACCUGACCCCUGGGCUGCCCUCUCACCCUGAGACCACGCUGGAAGAAGGUCCGGUGGCAGGAGCCCUUGUGGGGCCUGGAAUCCAGCCUUGGGGCUUACUGACGUUAGAGUGGGUUUUUCCGAGUUUGCCGGCUUGGCAGAUGGCAGCAUUCAGCCUUUGCGACAAUGUGUGCGGGUCUUCUAGCUCAGGACUCUUUCUUUGGAAGGAGUCCAAAAUGGUAGGGCUUCUCUCGCGCCGAUUAGGAGAGGGCCAGGUCCUUGGCUGGGAGUUAGCUUUGGCUUUCAUCGGGCACGGAGCUGUGCUGAGGCCUCGGGCAGUUCUGUUCCUGCCCGGGCGGCACAGCUGGGGCCCCCGCGUGCUCUGGGAACUGUGGUGGCCAGGAACCAGGAGGCGUGUGCCUGCACACCCAUCACCUAUCCGGGCACCUCUUCUUCCAUGUGGCUGUGGAAGGGGCACCAGAUUCACUCAUGUGUUGGUGGAAAUCAUUUAGCACAGGAAUUUGCAUCUGUAACUUAACCUUGUUUUCAUCCACGGGAGUGAAGAUAGAAAAAUUGAACUGUAGCACCAGGUGCAGAUAAUUCCAAAUACCAUCUGGGAAGAUUCAUUUAUCAGUGUAACAACCUGUGAUCUUUUAGCUAGAAGAUAAAGAUCAAUUAAAUCCUAGCUGAGCGGCUGCUUUUCCUCCCGGUGGCAAUGAGGACCAACUGGCUAUUUGUCCUGAUGCACUGAAAGCCCUUCAAACACAGUAAGAAGAUGAGAUUAUUCACCUUUCCACUGAGGCCUUUAGGGAAGCUUUUGCAACAGGCAGUAAAGAAUUCACCUUUUAACGGUAGUACAGGAGCACUCUGGGUAAAGGCUGGGACCUCAGGGACCAUUUAUUUUUAUUUUUCUGAUGAAACCACGUGGCCCGGGAACAGAUUGAGAUGCUUUCUCCAGAGCAGCUCAUCCCCGCAGAGGGAAAGGAGGGAGGUGAAACCAGAAGACAGCGUUCUGACUGACCGUGAACUUGCCUUAGUGUGAUGACGGUUCUAAAAGAGCAAGACAGUUCACCUGGGGACCAGCAGGCACGCCCAGCUUUAUCUUCCCGUGAGGUCCCUCCCUGGUGGGCUCCGAAUCCAAGCAAAGUCCAGGCUGGACUUUCCCCCUGCCCUUCUCUGCCCCGAGUGUCCUGGGGGCUGGGGUGGGUGAGGACCCUGGGGCCAGAGGACAGGAGCAGCCUUUUCUGAUUCAGGUAGGGGAAGACAAGGAGUCACAGGCUCCUUUUACUCCCAAGUCAUGGACUUUAAAUAUUCCAUUUGUGUUACUAAUAUACCUCCGUUCCCAGGAGCUGUUGGAGUGCAGAGCGGCAUGGGAAAAGGCUAACUGUGAAUUCGGUUCAUGUUUUUCUUAUAAGAAAUGGAAGUUUAUUUUUGUAUCACUAUUACUGUGUGAAGAAAUAAGUAUGCAGAUCUUGAAAUGGAAAGAAAUUUCCAAGUUGUAGUUUUAGGAGAAAUGGGCAGUUUUGGAAUUUGGAAGCAACUGAGACCUCCCCCAUAGAGGUUUUAGAACUUAAAUGUUUUGGAGAGUGAACAAAGACUUUGUGAAAUCACAAUAGCAUUCUUUAGGAGAUGAACUUGACCCUCCUAGGGGAGGACGACGUCGAGCCCCCAACCUUAGGUGAGACUCUCGUACAACAGUGGGCAGGUUGAGAUGUAGCUUUGUGACCGGCACUUUGAUUCACUUUUGGAAAAGCAGGCAGCUGCACAUUGAGAAAAGAAAUCAGAACAUUCCAGCGCUCAUGAAUAUAUGAAUAAUGAUGGAGAGGUUAAGCUCUCUUUCCAGUCUUUAGUUUAUUCUAGAAGCUCAGCAGGGCCUGGCCUUCCAGAGGUAAUAGGAUCUAAAUUCAGAUUGACUUAAUCACUGUAGGACGAGGUCAGGGGGACCACAGUUGCUGUGGAACGCGCAUCUAGACUAGGAAUGCGCUUCCUUGCUUUCUGAGGACUGUUGGGGAUGUGGGGGGUGUGCGUAGGGUAUUAUCAUAAAUUGGCCAGAGACCCAAAGAAUGGAGACUCUACACAGAGGGCGGUGACUUAGCUGAUGCCUGAUUUUCUUCACAGGAGAGUGAAAACGUCCUCUGGGCGAAUUAAGCAAAGAUAAAAGCAUUAAAAACUUUUGGCAGGGAGAGUUUCAGUCCAAGAGCCCAAAGAAAGCCACAGUGAUGGCAGGUGCAGGUUCUGGGCGUUUGGACAGACAGGGUAAGAGGGGACAUUAGGGGGACAGAGUACAGGAGAACAAAAUUAACUUCCUUACUUAGCCCAAGCUGGCUGGUUAUACUUUUUGUAGGUCUGGGAGAUGAGCCUUUUCUGAAAAGAAACAGGUUUUCCUUUAUUUCCAAGUUAGGAAAACCGUCGCGUCCCGGUCGCCUUAAAAGUCAUGCCUCGGUUCUGAUUGAUGCCCUGGUGUUGGAGUUCGAGCAAUAAGAGAAACGGAAUCUAUUUUUGUUUCCAGUCCUUACUUCACAUGAUGAAAUCGGUGUCAGUUGUGAUACUUUUUACCCCGAGUGCUAGUGCUUACAGGUGUUAGUCUUGCUUUGUGUUCAACGGUGAUCAUUCUAAAGGCCUCAAGCUGGGGUCGCCCCGAAUUUCAGGGUAAAUGUUUCCUGCAGCGAUUCUGUGCUGUGGCACAAACACCAUCUGUGUACAUCAUGUCUGUAUACACCUGAACCAAGUCGUGUACAGCGGGGCGGACUUAACUAUAUUUACAGACAACACUUUUUACAAUUAAAAUUCACAUUUUAACACGAACACGUGUGCUGCGGUCCUUCGCCUGGUCCAGGAAAUGAGGUUUGUAGUAGAAGGGGGUGGCGGAGCAGAGCCUGUGGGUUGGGCCCCCGGGCGGGAGGGCGGCACUGAGAGCUGCUGGCGCCCGCCCGCCUGUCCUCCCGGCGGAGGCCGAGGUCUGGACAGACGCGCUCCAGGAAGUGGGAACCGCUGCCGGAACAACUGUGCCACCGUCCGUCCCAUCAGACGACUUCCAGAGGAGGACCCCGCAGGGACUGAAGCCCUUUCGAUUCACGUCUCUUCCCACCAAAGGUUACUUUAAGACGAUCUACUGUAUUUCAUACGUGUGUGAUUGACCAUAUACAGGGUGCGGCAGAAUCACGCCUGCGUGAGUGUGGUUUUAAUUCGAACAAUCACCUAAAAUGCCAUGUGGUGUGCUUGAGGGUGAUAUUGUUAUGUUAUAGAAUUACAUGCUUAUGAUUUUGUAAUAGAUGAUUUAAAAAAGGGGGGAGGGUGUUACUA